ACCACCUCAAACAUCAUCCUAUCUAUCUAGCUAGCUCUACCAUGGCUUCCUCCAUUCAGAUUCUCCUUCUCUCUUCUCUCCUAUUCAUUUCUCUCUCCAAUGCUCAAACCUCUUUUCGACCCAAAGCUCUUGUUCUUCCAGUCUCCAAAGAUCCUUCCACCCUCCAAUACCUGACCAAGAUCAAUCAAAGAACCCCUCUCGUCCCGGUUAGCCUCGUGGUCGAUAUCGGUGGCCAAUUCUUAUGGGUUGACUGCGAAAACAACUAUGUUUCCUCCUCCUACCGCCCUGCUCGCUGCGGCUCGGCCCAAUGCUCACUUGCCAGAGCCAGUGGCUGUGGGGACUGCUACAACGGACCCAAGCCAGGCUGCAACAACAACACAUGCGGUGUCUCUCCGGACAACAGCAUCACCGGCACCGCCACCGGUGGUGAGAUUGCUGAGGACGUUGUGUCGGUUGCAUCAACGGACGGGUCAAACCCCGGUCGGGCAGUGACCGUUUCCAGGUUCAUUUUCUCGUGUGCACCAACCUUCCUUCUAGAAGGCCUGGCUAGUGGUGUGAUGGGCAUGGCAGGACUCGGCCGAACCAGAAUCGGAUUCCCCUCCCAGUUUGCCUCCGCCUUCAGUUUCAACAGAAAAUUCGCCAUUUGUCUCACGUCCUCCACAUCAGCUAACGGUGUUAUAUUCUUCGGUAACGGUCCAUACAAUCUUCUUCCUAACAUUGAUGCCUCUCAGUCACUCACCUACACGCCACUAUUUAUCAACCCCGUGAGUACUGCAUCGGCCUAUUCCCAGGGCGAGCCCUCCGCCGAAUAUUUCAUUGGAGUGAAGUCCAUCAAGAUUGGCGACACGGUCGUGCAACUCAACACUUCGUUGCUGUCGAUUAACAAAGAAGGGUACGGAGGAACAAAGAUAAGCUCGGUCAAUCCCUACACCGUCAUGGAGACCUCCAUCUACAAAGCAGUCACUGAGGCCUUUAUCAGUCAGGCUGCUGCUAGGAACAUCACUAGAGUUGCAUCGGUUGCACCAUUCGGCGUUUGUUUUAGCUCGGAGAAUGUUGGUAGCACUCGAGUUGGGCCGUCUGUGCCCUACAUUUAUCUGGUUUUGCAGAGUGAGAGCGUGGCGUGGACGAUGACCGGUUCAAACUCGAUGGUGUAUGUGAAUGACAAUGUGUUGUGUCUUGGAUUUGUUGAUGGUGGUUCAAACCCUAGGACUUCUAUAGUGAUUGGAGGGCACCAAAUAGAGGACAAUCUUCUACAGUUUGAUCUGGCAACUUCGAGGCUAGGGUUCAGCUCCACCCUCUUGGGCAGGCAAACUACAUGUGCCAACUUCAACUUCACCUCUAGUCCCUAAAUCAUCUUCUCCACUGCAUGAGAAACAUAUAUUACACAUAUAUUUACAGUUUGAAUAAGUUGGCUUGAAUGUCACGUGAGAUAGACCUACACUACAUUUGUUUUCUAAUUUCUUUUGUUACAAAUUCUGAUCUCUGUGUAUUUUUUUUUUUUUUAAAAGAAAGAAUAUUAUCAUUUUCCUAAAAAUAGUUAUAUGGCGCUGGAUUGAUUGAUUUUUGAAAAGUAUGUCAAAGUUAAUUUGCAGACUCAA